GUCGCUAGAAGGCCAGUGGAGGGGGAGGGUCUCUUGAGAUGCGACCACCAUUCUUUAUCCGCCUUGGAAACACCUCCUUUUUUCUCUAUGCAUUACUUUCCUGAGUUUCCUGUACGCUUUUCUUGUUUUAUCAUUUAUCCCUGCGAUUGGGAAGUCAUUUCUUAUUCCCUGCACCGUGCUUCCAUCCGACCAAUGUAGAAUGUAGCUAGAUUUUAUUACGCUCGUCAAGCAGCCGCCGUUUUCUUCAGCUUUUUCUUCUUUCUUAUCCGAUAGUGUCAUGUUAAUUGACUAUUGCGAGCGGAGUUCCAUGAUAUUUCUCAUUAUCAAUACUAUGGUCGUGGUUGCUCCGAAUAACUUGCUUAUUAGUCCUCAAUUCUACUCGUAUGAGUAAUGUAACGUCACAUGUGACUCCAGUGAAUCCUGUUUUCCUCUGACCUGCAAAGUAGUUACUGUCAGUUCUCUCACGAUGCCGGCAGCAGAAGUCAUCACAUCCAAUAACAAGGGCCAAGAUAAAGCCCCCUUCGCCAAUGGAAGCAAUAUUGAAACACUUCCGCGAACAACAAAACAG